AAUGGCGAUAACUGUAUGUGCCAGGUGACUGCACGUGGCGCGCGGCGGGUGGCGGGGAUGGCAGCGGUGCGAUCCCACGCCUCCAGGACCCCACCUUCCCGCGGCCCCCGAUGGGCCCCGCCCCGGGGGCGCCCCAGCUGCACGCGCGGCGCUGGCUCCAAAGUGCGUCACGGGCACCGGCCGCGCUCCUUCUGCCGCCAGGGCGAGGCUGGCACCCGGCCAGCGCGGGCAGGGCCACGGGUGCCCGGCUGUUUCCCGGGAGUGGAAGGCGCUCAAGGUGCGCGGCCCAGGACGCGCUACUGGGGGCGCCCUCCGCGGCUGGCAGCGCGCCAGGGAUCGGCCUGGGCAGCCGCGGGGCGCGCCAAGGCUGCGCUUUCCCUGCGGCCCCCCUCGCUUCCUCCGGCACGGCGGCAGCGGAGAUUUCCUCUCGGGGAAACUACGCGGAUCCUUUUCGGGGAUCCUCGCCCCGCCCCAGUUCUCCGCCCCCUCCCCUUUGCUGGGGCGCCUGGGCUGGCCCGCGCAGGGGAGGAGGCUCUGGCAGCCUGUGCAGGGAGGCGGCGGGGGGCCGCGGAGCCGCUGGCCAUCGAUUCUCCCCGCCAUGUGACGCCGUCCUUAGCCCUGCGACCCCCAGCGCGUCCCGGGCCUGCGCCCCCGCCCCGCCCCGCCGCGCAGCGCACCAUGCUUCUGCCGGGACCCGCACGCCAGCCGCCGACGCCCCAGCCCGCGCAGCAUCCCGGCCUCCGCCGGCAGGUAGAACCGCCGGGGCAGCUCCUGCGCCUCUUCUACUGCACUGUCCUGGUCUGCUCCAAAGAGAUCUCAGCGCUCACCGACUUCUCUGGUUACCUAACCAAACUCCUGCAAAACCACACCACCUAUGCCUGUGAUGGGGACUAUUUGAAUCUACAGUGCCCUCGGCAUUCUACGAUAAGUGUCCAAUCGGCAUUUUAUGGGCAAGAUUACCAAAUGUGUAGUUCCCAGAAGCCUGCCUCCCAGAGGGAAGACAGCUUAACCUGUGUGGCAGCCACCACCUUCCAGAAGGUGCUGGACGAAUGCCAGAACCAGCGGGCCUGCCACCUCCUGGUCAAUAGCCGUGUUUUUGGACCUGACCUUUGUCCAGGAAGCAGUAAAUACCUCCUGGUCUCCUUUAAAUGCCAACCUAAUGAAUUAAAAAACAAAACCGUGUGUGAAGACCAGGAGCUGAAACUGCACUGCCAUGAAUCCAAGUUCCUCAACAUCUACUCUGCGACCUACGGCAGGAGGACCCAGGAAAGGGACAUCUGCUCCUCCGAGGCAGAGUGGCUCCCCCCUUUCGAUUGCUUGUCUUACUCAGCUUUGCAAGUCCUAUCCCGAAGGUGCUAUGGGAAGCAGAGAUGCAAAAUCAUCGUCAACAAUCACCAUUUUGGAAGCCCCUGUUUGCCAGGCGUGAAAAAAUACCUCACUGUGACCUACGCAUGUGUUCCCAAGAACAUACUCACAGCGAUUGAUCCAGCCAUUGCUAAUCUAAAACCUUCUUUGAAGCAGAAAGAUGGUGAAUAUGGUAUAAACUUCGACCCAAGCGGAUCGAAGGUUCUGAGGAAAGAUGGAAUUCUUGUUAGCAACUCUCUGGCAGCCUUUGCUUACAUUAGAGCCCACCCGGAGAGAGCUGCCCUGCUGUUCGUGUCCAGUGUCUGCAUCGGCCUGGCCCUCACAUUGUGCGCCCUGGUCAUCAGAGAGUCCUGUGCCAAGGACUUCCACGACUUGCAGCUGGGGAGGGAGCAGCUGGUGCCAGGAAGUGACAAGGUCGAGGAGGACAGCGAGGAUGAAGAAGAGGAGGAGGACUCCUCUGAGUCUGAUUUCCCAGGGGAACUGUCGGGGUUCUGUAGGACUUCAUAUCCUGUCUACAGUUCCAUAGAAGCUGCAGAGCUCGCAGAAAGGAUUGAGCGCAGGGAGCAAAUCAUUCAGGAAAUAUGGAUGAACAGUGGUUUGGACACCUCACUCCCGAGAAACAUGGGCCAGUUCUACUGAAAACCACACGCAUCUUGAUGCGAUCGCACUUUCUGAAGAAGGAAGGAUCCCAAAUGCCCCUCCCGUUCUGGUUCACCUGUACCUUCUAUGAAGGAGAGUUUGUCAUGUCAUUCAACACUCGUGAGGCCAGGAAGCUAUUAAAGGGAUGUUUCAAGCUGUUUCUAGCACAUUCCAAAAUAAAUGAGGAGGGAAGAGUC